AUGUCUACAGCAACCCGGAAAGAAAAGAGACAUUGGGUAUUGGGCCUUUUGUGUUUAAGUAUAGUGGUUGUCUUCUGGGUUUUGUCGUCUUUUUUAGUAGAUGAGCUUUUCUUGAACCAUAAUUACUCCAAACCAUUUCUGCUCACUUAUUUCAAUACAGGAUUGUUUACAAUAUAUUUAACACCAUCACUUACGAACAAACUUCGACAAAAUUUUACGCAGCCAAGAUUUCAAUCAUUUGUCAUGAAUCAUGUUGAAGAAGGAAGGUUAUCGUUCAAAGAAACUACGGUUCUGUCUUUACAGUUUUGCCUGUUGUGGUACCUUUCGAAUCUGGUGACAAAUGCUUCACUAAAAUAUACUACUGUCGCCAAUCAGACAAUACUCAGCUCGACUAGCGGUUUUUUCACCCUUUUAAUCGGCUGGCUUUUUCGAAUUGAGAACCCGAGUGUCAUAAAAGCGGUUGGUUUGGGCCUAUCCUUCGUAGGCAUAGUGAUGGUUACCUGCAGAGAUCAAAUCACUAAGGAAGCCAGUACAUCCUCCUUCUUGUCAAUGUUUGGUAAUUUAUUGGCAUUAGCAGGUGCGUUAUGCUAUGGUCUCUAUACGAUUUUGUUAAAGCGGAAAGCCAAGAAUGAGACUAGAAUCGAUACUUCUCAAUUUUUUGGUUUCGUUGGUGUCUUUACUCUGUUGCUUUUGUGGCCUUUGAUAAUUAUUUUAGACUAUCUGGAUAUUGAACGCUUUGAGCUUCCGAAAACCAAAAACGUUUGGUGCAUAAUUAUCACGAACGGCUGCAUAACCAUGAUAUCAGACUAUUUAUGGGCUAAAGCUUUACUUUUAACCUCUCCAUUAACGGUGACUGUUGGUCUAUCAUUUACGAUUCCAUUUGCGAUGUUCCUUCAAGAGGUUAAACAAGCUCAAGAAAUGUCACCUUUGUAUUUGUGUGGUGCCUCAUUGAUACUAAUUUCGUUCAUUCUUGUGAAUAAGGAUGAAAAAAGAGAUGUAAUAGAAUCAACUUUAGAAACGUGA